GGAACAUCCAAAGGACAUCUCAUCCUUGCGUCAAUGCGGCGUGAAAACCAAGAACAAGAUGAGGACAAUGUCCGCCCACCAUCAAGUGCUAAAGGAAGCAGGCUAGGAAGCAGGUCAACCUACGUCAUGGGAGUGCCGAAAUCCAACCCCAUAUUGCCCACGGUGAAACUGCACUUUCCAAGCUUCAAACUCACCGCGGGAUCCCCAACAACAGAUAUCGCUGACUCCGUGGUUCCAAGAACGCCACGGCCACCAACGUCGACGGGUUCAAACGUUCGUCCACGAAGUAGUGCUGCCCACCGCGUGAUCACUCGUCCAGCGACAGGCAAUAUGCACUUAUCCAAGCAAAAUGGGCGUAAAGAGCGACCGAAUACUUCCAGCGGAGUGAAGCGCAGACCAACAACGCCAUGCUUUCUUACGGAGGGAAGCAUUGCCCAACAUGAUUCCACCACCGACGAACCGUCGUAUAGUUUUGACGACUAUUUCAAGUCCAACUGGUUUCACGACAGAGAGGAAUGGCUCCGCAUAUCUCAAUCCAACCACACUUACGGCAAGUCCAUGUACUUUGAAGGAGCCGGCGACAUAACUGGCCAUUGGGCCGACUGCCAAGUCAAGGAAUACAAUGCCAAGUCGGGGAUGUUUUCGAUUGUGUUUACCCAUUCAGGCAUUGAAAAGCAAGUGUUUCGGGUAAAUCUGCUGCUCCCAGCUGUUGACGACGAGGCGGCGUUCCUUCGCCAGCGAGACAUUUACUUCAAAGAGACCAGACUCAUUUACGAGCUUGUCCGUUGCGAGCGGUUUGUUUGCAACGAUGCAGGGGAUGACGAUGGUGACCUGUGGGUGUUGUCCCUGAAAACCAAAGGCAGAAUCACACAGCUCGCGAUCCGUCGGCACCAUAUCACUCAAACCCUGGCAGUCCACGGCGCCAUGCUGACAGCCAUGCUGCGUGGCAUCGAUGCAGAUUAUGCCAGCGUCAUGCGCCGCUCCAAGAUCGACGUCGUCGGGGAAGGGAACAAUUCCAUCACCACACCGCUGCAUUCGACGUUGGUGAAGGCGUACUUGCGGCAACAACGGCUCACACAUUGGUGCCACAAGCCACAGAUUCCCCACCGACUGCUGGCGUUUUCGAAAGCUAGGGACAAGGUCGUGGCCACCCACUUGGACGCCACGCGCGCGAGUUUGCACCUUUUGCAUCGCAUCAUGACGAUUUCUCAACGCGUGCUGCCAACCAUUCGACUGUUCCACGAGAUUCAGAGCGACUAUGACGCGGCGAAGCAUCGGUUGAGGCCGCCGUAUUCGCUUGAGGAUUACAUUGCCCUUCAACAGGACAACUUGAACGAAGCGUUCGAUACGUUGAAAUUCGAGUGGCGCCAAGAAAUCAUCCAGACCAUUGAGGGCGCCACCAUACCUAGGACAUUGCAGUCCAGCAUGCAUCGAUUCACAAACCGAAUUGACUACAUCCUUGCCAACGAUCUCAGUCAAGCGCUGGCAACAGCGUUUGGCGACUACCACGACAUGUUGUUUGGACGUUGGUGCAAACUCGUGACAGAUUCGAGCGACGCCACACGUCCCGUGUCGACCAUCCGUCGCCGGAAUUGGAGCGCCAUGUUCAAACCCAGGCUGAAACCCCCACUCAUCCGCCUCCACAUCGUGUCCACGGUGGUCGACAACGAGGACAACAAUUCCCUCCGCACGGUUCAAUUGCAUCCCACGCUGAGUGACGUACAGCAGCAGGUUGAACAAGUCAUUUCCAGAGCCAUCGCGCGCUGCAUGGACAUCCACUGUGUCCACGGCGAGGACAGUUUGACAGACAACGACGGGGCCACGUCACUUGUCCGAAUUCCGCUGCUCAACAAGAGUCGCGACGUGACGAGCCUGGGGAGCAAAGUCAUGGACGACUCGCGCGUGUCGUUUGAUCGCGCUACGGCCAUGCCACGACAACUGGCAGAGGCGUUCCAGGCACUUUGCGAUCGCCUUCAUGAGCGCCGGACGGCGUUGCGCGCGCUGUGCCAGCCCCAUCGAAACCAUCCGUUUCUACCGCAGACUGAGUUUGACGAGAUUGUCCGGGAGCUGCGUUGGUUUGGCCACACUCUUCAUGACGUCCGCCAUCUCGCGUGCGACGUGGAACAGUAUCCGCUUGUGGAAAUCUCCACGGCCGACAUCAAAGCGACGCUAGUCAUGGACAUCCAUCGCACGAUGCAAGCCUCGCUCGAGUUUUUGAGUUUGAACUGCCAUCACCAAGAGCGCCGAAUCGCGGAAAUGUACGACCAGGACAUGAAGACACUAGCGGUGCCCCCGGAAAAUGAAGCCACAUUGGACGUGCUCUGGACGUUUCUAAGCGACGUCGACAGCGUCGUGGACGACCGACAGGCCCAAGUCGACAGCAUCGCAGACCGCCUCUCGUCGUUGGACGCAGUCGGGUACUUGAUCAACCACCCCGUGGGCGUGUCGACAACCAAGUUCCACUGGACCUUGCGGGGAUACCCGUCGACGAUCCUGCUCGAAGUCAAGACAUGCCAGGAUGCUUGCGAAGCCCGGAAAAAGUCGCUCAGCGCGUCGCUGUUUAUGGAGAAACGCGCGUUCGAGUGCGACGUCGUGCGGCUCAAAGAUGCCAUCUUGGUGUUGACCACCAAGACGGAAUGGUCCAAGGACAACGUGGAAAUGUACGCCGACGACGCGCAAACCCUCCACGAGAGCGUCGAAGCGUGCCUCCGCAGGUUGCAAGACUUCGCCCGCCGCGACCGCAUCUUUGGCUGGACGCCGAUGGAAUCCACAAAUGUGACACUGUUGCAAGCCCUCCUCGAACCGUACUUUGCCUUUUGGACCACCUCGUCCGACUUUACCACGUCUACCACGACGUGGUCCAAGACACCGUUCGAGCAACUUGCCGCCAAGGACGUCGUGACCAAAGUGGCGGCGUGGCAGGCCCAACUGCGCGUGUUGACUGUCCAACUGGGCAAACAAUCGACGCUCCAGCCGGCGAUCGCCACGUUGCACGCGGAAUUGGACGCGUUUUGCGUGGGGAUGCCAAUCGUCCACAUGGCGGCCACGGGGGCGAUGAAGGGCCGGCAUUGGGAAACAAUCGUGGACCUGCUGGACGUAGACGCGCGGCUGAUCCAGGACGACAGGCUGCUCUUCACGCUGGACGACCUCGUCCGCGGCGGCAUCCUCUCAGUGCUCGAAUUUGCGCACAACGUGCACCAGAAAGCCCUCCGGGAAUUCCAACUGGAACAAUGUCUGCAAACGUUAAAGAAAGACUGGUGCAAACCCGUCGUGCACGUCGACAAGUACCUGUUAAAGGACACGUACGUGGUCGUGAACUUUGCGCCGCUGCUGGCCAUGGUGGACGACCAACUAAUAACGAUCUACCAAAUGUGCUCGAGCGACGAUGUCGACCCGAUUGAAGCGGACGUGGACGAGUGGAAGGUGAAACUCUUGUACACGCAGCAGUUGCUGCAAACGUGGAGCCACGUCCAGCAGUCGUGGAGGGCGAUCGAAUGCUUCUUCUACAAGCAAAAAGAAGGCGACAGCGCGUGGCAAGAUUUUGCCAAGGUGGAAUCCACGUGGCGUAGUGUGAUGGAGUUGGUCCGGGGGAACCCUGGUUUGGCCAAGAUUGCCGAUUCCGACAACGUCAAGGAACCAUUGGAAAAGUGUUUGCGCAUGCUGCGGAGUGUGCACAAGGUGGUGACGUGCAUGCUCGAUGCCAAGCGCAGUGCGUUUCCCAAACUGUUUAUGGUGUCCAACUUUGAUUUGGCGCACAUUCUAUCGGCGCAACGCAUCCAAGACGUGCCCCCGAAACUCAACGGGUUGUUUGAAGGCAUCGACAUAUUUCAAGUCGACCACGAGUGCAUUCAGGGCAUCACGCUCAAGACCGGGGACACGCUCGUGCUUGUGCACCCUGUCGCAUGUACGACCCCGGAGCGCGACGGUUGGUUUGUCGACAUCGUUCACGUGCUGAUGAGUGUGGACGCGUCCAUCAAGCUGUCGAUCGAGCAGCUGAUUGCAACGACUUGUCAGAAUUCUGACGGCAUGCAAGUCGCGUACAAGCUGGACUUGCCCCUUCAAGUGAUCUUGGUGGUCCUGCAGAUCAAAUGGGUGGCGAUGAUGGAGGCCGAGAUGGACAACCAACCGCUUAACGUUACUGGUCACGACCAUGUGUUGGAGGUCCUCCUGGCGUUGGAAAAGGGUUUGAUCCACACGAUACGAACGGGGCCGACCGAUGUCAAAGUGGCCACGAUUCUAGCCAAAGUGGUCAGCCUCGUCCACCACACCAAGGCGUUAGCGCAGUGCAGUACCCAUUCCUUUGACUGGCUAUCGCAACCCAGACGAUACCUGCACUACGCACGACCCAAGCCAGCCCACGUCAUCCAAGUGCUGGACACGGAAAUGCACUACCAAAACGAGUUUCUGUGCAUCCGACAACCUCAAAGCAACGUCUCCACCGACAAGAUGCUGUACAGCGUGUUCAUGAGCAUGCGCCACCUUCGAGGGGUGAUGCUACAGGGGUUUCAUAUGGUGCAUACCGCCGUGUACUUGACGCAAUCUAUCGGGGCGUCGUUGGUGGUCGAAGUCUUGUCGAAAGAAUCCAAGUGGACUACCCUAGGUCACGUGUUGAAGGGGGCCGCCGCGUCCGGAUCGUGGCUCCUCCUUCAUCGCAUGAACGACGCUCCUUCCCCUUUGUUGUCGAUACUGACCCAAGUGAUGGUGCACUUUGCAGCCAGUCACGCGUUGCACGUGCUCCACCUUCCGCAGUAUCCCAAGGCCGAGUUACACCCGUCAUUUGCGUUGUUGUGCACGCUGAAUAGCCAUCGAACGUGUGCCCCCUUACCCACGAGCCUCAGUGCCGCGUUCAUGCCUUGCUCGGUGGUCCAACCAUGUCUGUUGCAGUACACGAUGAGUACGCUGUAUGUGUUUGGGUUCACGCACUUUGAAACGAUGGCCAAACGAAUUGUCCGGUUUCUAGAGACCAUGUGCAUCGAGAAACUGAACCUCUCGAGUGACAUCCCCAUGACCGCGCUCUUGUCGCACGGGUACAUUCGCGUGCUGGUGCGCACCGCAAGCUGCGAUUUGGCCUCGCACAUGAUUCAGGCAGCCAAAAUGACGAGUUUGCACGACGAAGUGGUCGCCAUGACCCAAGCCAUCGAAAGCGUAUUCCUUCCUCGCCUCUCACAUCAAGAUGUACAGUCGACGCGAGCUGUGUUGGACCAUACGUUCCGAUCCCCUUCGUCUGUUUCUGCGACAUCGUCGUCAAAAGACGAGGCCAUUCGCACUGCCAUUUCCACGUGGACAUCGUCGUCUUCGUCCUCUCAUUCUAUCGACGUUUCUGACUACAUGACCCGAAAACUGCACCAAUUCCUGGUCAACACAGACAUAUACUUGUGUACGUUGGUCUCGGGGGCAACCCUGUCCAGCAAGUCGGCCAUGUUGACAGCGGCUGCCGCCGUUAAGAUCGUGUUGAACCCAUCGACUAAAGUCCAUGUACUUCGAGUGUACACGUCCAGUGUCGAGAACCUUGUGGGGUCAUUUUACGGGGACACGAGGUGUGGCCUUUUGCAGCAGUGGAUUCACGACGCCACAGUUGUCGCGGCGAAGGUCGAGACGUGGAUCGUGUUGGACGGCGCAGCGUCGCAAGACAUGACCGAUGCCGUCGUGUCGUUUCUGGAACAGCAUAUGAACAUGCGGCUGUUCAAUAUGGCCAAGGGCAUUCAGCAUACGUGGCGACUGGUCGUGGAAACAGACAUGUUGGCGCAAGUAAGCCCAAGCUUUGCCGCAGUCAGCGGGCACGUCUACAUGGACGCCGACUGCUUGACGUGGCGUCAAAUCUUGUCCACGUGGUGCCAACGGCCAGGAUCAAACGGCAAAGUGCACAGCAAGGCGAUCUCGGAUACGGCGGUGUGGGUCAUGACCGUGACAUUUGGGCUGCUCAAGCAGCCGACCACGACUCGACAGACGCACCAUAUGCUCAGUGUAUGCCGCUUGGUGGACAUGGUGGUCGAGGCGGACGGCGGGUGGCCAGCACAAGGCCAUCAGUCCGUGGUGCUGGCCGAGGGGUACUUUGUGUUUGCCGCGGUGUGGUGUAUCGGCGGUGGCCUGGAAGACGGCGAUGUGAAGCAAGCGUUUAGUGACUCGUUGAAGGAAGUGUUGGCUGGGACCAAACCCCACAUGCGGCGAUCGGCGGUGCCGUUUCCACCGGGUACAUCCAAAGCUGUGUUUGACUUUGUUUUCGACAGUCCAACUUUGUCGUGGAGGCUGUGGGAGGAGCUGCCGCCUCCCUCGACGGCAAGUCCGCCGCAACCACCACCACCAUCAGCAGGCAUCGUGGUGCCACACUCGAAUGUUGCGAUUGGACAUUUCUUUUCUCGAAUGGCAGUCUGUAACCACUACCCUGCCACUCGGGUGCCGAUUGUAUUUACUGGUCCCACGGCUUGUGGCAAGUCGAUGGUGCUUCAAGCGAUGUUGCUGCGGCCGGAACUCGACCCCCAAUUGCUUGCAGCGUGUCGACAUCGGUCGUCAUACACCACAAAGCAGCUCAUUCUCGAGCCGUUGGUGGAGAUUCGUCAACAUGUCAUGGGCACUCGAACAGAGUCAACGCAUUUGGUGCUUCUAGACGACGUGCAUGUAUCCGCUGACACUGGCUUGGACUUUAUUCGAGAAUGGACAGAAGACAAGAACCACUCGUGGCUGGUCGACACCCGAUCCAUCUCGGUGCCCCACGCGGUGUUUCUGGCAACCAUGCGACACAGUUCGAAACCUUGUGUGAGCGGUCGCAUCUUGCGGCACUUUGUGCAAAUUCGUCUGGCAGCGUAUACUGACUCGUUUCUGUUGACCAUUUGUACGGUGGUCGCCCAACAUGCCAUCGUCGCGUGUUCAUCCCUGUUUCCAUUUGGCAACCAAGUGGCGGCGGCGACGGCGAAGUUAGUCCACCAUCUGCGACACAACACGGCGCUGGGAUGGAACGUGCUGGCGCGGGGCCUCGACGUCCUCCGGGUGGUGUGCGGGAUGCCUGGUGAAGUGUAUGCGUCCUCUGGAGUAGCCAUGCUAUGGAGCCACGAAUGUCAGCGCGAGUACGAAGACGUGUUUCGAAGUGUGGACGAUGUCGAGUGGUUCCGGCAGCACCUUGUCUCAUGCUGUGCCAGUGUGUUCGGCAAUGACGACGCAGACAAACUGACCACGACCUUUCGGCUCAACCCGCUCAUGUAUAGCCCAAACAUCCACCAACCGCAGUGUUACGAAGAGAUCUUCCGCACUAAGUACUUGACAGACACGCUCGGAAGUUGGUUGAAAAGCCAUCGCUCUGGGACCAACCACCGCGACACGUUUAUCUCGUCGUCGCAAGCCGGGUUGCUGGCCCGCGUCCUUCGUGUGCUGACGUUGCCCCUCCGAAAACAUCCUCGCCUGACGUACAUCUUCACUUACGGACCCUCUGGUGGCCACACCGUCCUAGCUUCGACCUUUGAAUUGGCCGGUCACAUUCUCGACGUGCCGUUCCAUGUCGAGCCCCACGAUCGUAUUUUGACUUACUUGCGAACUAACAAACCACCGCAACACCGGCCACGCAUUGUGUUUGUUCACAAUGCAACCUCGAUCAGUCAAUCCGAUUGGAACGACCUCCAAGUUAUAACCGCCGUCUCCCCCGUCUUCGUCGUGUUUGCAUUCGACGUGUCCAGUGCUCAUGAAGCAAGCUGCGGAUCGACGUAUACAGUGCUUUGCGACCGCCCUAGCUUGUAUGCGCACUCGCAUAUUUUGUGGCUCGUCACGAAGUCGGACGGGACGGACGUCGGUCAGAUCUGUCGGAGUACGCUGAAACAUCACUUGAUCGACCAUCCCAUGCGGGAUACGCUGAUGCAAAUGUACGCAGAAGUGCAAGUGUUGAACGAGGCGCACUUGGCUAGCGGCUCCGUUGACCACGCGGCAUCGCUAACUCGGUUCCACUUCUCCGAGUGCGUGGCGGCGUUGCUUAGCCACACCACCCACGCCAUCAAGGACGCUGAAAAGUUGCUUUCCAAUGCCCUCAUUCAUGCCAGCCAUGUCACUACGAGCAUCCACGACAUCGCCGUCGCCAUCGGACUCUUAUCCAAGCGAAUUCAUGACAAAACGCAGCGUGCCGCCGACUGCUCGCGGGACCUAGUGCCGCUGCAGCAGUCGAUUCAUGAUAUUUCGACCCAACUUGGCGUCGGCGUGGACGAGAUUCGACGAGAAUCGGCCGAGUGCGAUUUGUUGACGGACAAGCUGGCAAGCCACAUGGACCCGUACGACAAGGAGCUUCACCGCCGCAUCAACGACGUCCUGUCGUUCUCGGACGACUGGCUGGACGAACCGCGGUCGUCGAAAUUGCCGUCGGGAUUACUUUCUCAAAUGACUGACGUCGUCGCCGCCUUGGGCGCCCAAGUCAAAGGAAUCAAGGACUCGGUGGCGGGGACCAUCGACAUGGACGAUAAGAAGACGGCCAAGAAGGGCAGCGUGCGGUUCACACUGCAGCGAAUGCUGACGCACUUUCCCGGCGCCCCUGCGUCGAUCCUGGCCAAGAUCAAGUUCAUGUCGAAUAUGGCCAAAGCCGACAUGCAUACGCAAAGCCCGUGCGUGCAGACGCUCAUGGCGUGUCUGGACUACGUGGCCAAGUGGCAAGUGGGGUACGACGCGAGCAAGAAAAUCGCCGUCAAAAUCCAGGACAGCCGCGCCCGCAUCCAAUCGAUUCAAGCGCGCAACGCAGCCCUGCACGAUAUGCACUGCGUGGUGGCCAAUCAGCUGGGCAUGACACAAGCCGACAUGGACAGUCGAAAGCGGGACCUGGACGUGCUGGAACGGCAAAUGGAACAUCGCCGAGAAGCGCGCCGGGUGGUUGAAUCGUCGCAAGAGUACCUCGACCACGAACUCAUCAAGUGGAACGACGCGCUCGAGGCCGAGCAGCUCAAACUCGCGUGGCUGCCUGGCAUGUGCGCGGUCGCUGCGUCCACGUUUGUCUACUUGAAGCCGUAUCCAUGGCCCACAAGACAAAAAGUUCUGGACAGAAUCCAUAGCGUGCUCCAAGCGCACCAGAUUCUGCUGCCGUCAGACACGUCCCUCGGUUUUUUCGCCCACGAUCGCACCGACGUCGAAGGGUGGCACCUCCACGGCCUGCCCCGGAGUUCGUUUUACGUGUCGAACGCGGUCCUGACUGUGAAUGCAAUCCCGGCGCUGGUCAAAUGGACGGUGCUGAUUGACCCGGAAAUGGUGGCCAAGACGUGGUUGGCGUCCAUGUACCGUGGUCACCUGAUCUGCACAUCGUCGAUGGAAACGGUGCUCCAGCGCGCGAUUCUUCGUGCGAUUAAACUCCACCACCCGUUGUUGAUUGAAAACGUCGAAGGGCAAUUCUCGGGAUCGCUGUCACAUUUCCUGAAAGUCCGAUGUAGCGACGGAGUGCGGUACUUGCGCGUCGACGACCGGAUGGAGCGGCUGCAGGCGGACUGGGCCGUGUACUUUACCACACCAAUUCGGUACCCGACGUUUUCGGCGGCGGUGCACCGCGAGUUCCACGUCGUCAACUUUAGCUUGAGCAGCGCCGACGCGUCGGACUUCUUUGACGUCAUGUGCUUGGAUAUGUGGGAUGACAAGGAAUGCAGCAAACAACGCCAGGCGUCCGUGGACUAUGCCGAUUCAUGCCGCGACUUGCGCGAGGCGGAACACGCCCUGCUCGUUCAGCUCGCGAGCUCGUCCCCGACGAAAGAAGACCAGCCGCACGUGUUGCUGGAACUGCUAGAAGACAUCAACCGAAAGCAAGUUGCAACCGACGCCAAAAAGGACGAGGUGAUGGUUGACCACGCGUCCAAGCACCAGUAUGCGGACGCGGUGGUGCCGCUGGCGACGCUAAUGUUUGAUUGUGUCGUGGGAAUGGGUCUGGUGAAUCAUCAGUACACGAUCUCGUUGGACGAGUUUGUGCGGCCGUUGCGCGCGUUCGUGACCAAGUUGCGCAGCGAAUGGCAGGUGGCCACGUUGCGAGGGGGGGUCGACGCCCGCACUACUAUGUUGCAGCGGUCAUCGUCCCGCCGACUCACUAGCAACGCGGCUUCUUCCACCGCCAAUCUGCGAAAGAAACCGAUGAAAAAAAUCCUCAAACCCGACGUGGUGUACACGACCGACCAGAAGGCAUUGCUCGGUGCGUUCUCGGCGUCCAUGACCAAGUUGCUCCAUCCUAACCAUGUGUUGCUGUGGCGGUUUCUCGUGGCGGCCACUCGGAUUCUACACACGCCGGCGUGGAUGACGCCGUGCGCCGCCACCACGAGCUUGUAUAUGGACAUUGCGUGCAUCUUGGACAACCAGUGCUAUGCAUUCCCUGUGAGCGGUGUCGACCAUUUGCGACGUCCUGCGUGGGUCUCCAAAGCUGCGUGGGCAAAUUUAUGUGUCAUCACCAAGCAUCGCGGGUUCGAGUACAUGUACGAGUACGUGUUGACGCACGAACAUGCAAUCGUUCACGACGAUUGGGAACAUGCGCAAGCCCUUGGUCACUUGAACAACGUCGCGGCAGCCUUGUUGCAUCAGUUUGUGCUGCUGCUGUGCCUCCAAAGCCCGCGGCGAUGGGCCGCCUUGAAUGACCUGGUGCAGUUUGCAUGGCAAGACAUCGCACCGAGUAGUCCGCCGACGUCUGUGGUCCGGACGCUGGCGCAUGUGCUCGACGCCACUGACCAGACGACCCCCAUCAUGGUGUUUUGCGACGACAUGCCCACCAUGUUGAUGGUGCUGCAACAACAACACAGCAACACUAUUGCUCCAGGAAGAACCACCAACCCGUUGGUCUCCGUGUUGAGCGGCGAAAAUGAUGCAGUGUCGACGCUACUGGACGAGCUCGACCGAGCCACGACCACUGGGACGUGGAUGUGUUUGUUCGAGUGCAACCGCACGAGCGUCGAUACGUGGGAAAAGCUAAGUCUGGCGUGGCAGGAAGCCAUCAACCAGAAACCCCAACCGCAGCACCGGCUGUGGUUCAUCACGGACAUGCAACGCCCCAUAAGCUCGUGCAUUGCCACAAAUGCCGCCAAGCGAUGGUUUGUCCACCCGAUUUCGGACGUGAAAAUGGCCAUCGAGUCGUGCGCCGCCGUCCUCGAGAAGGAAGCAGCGACGGUGGCAGACAUCACGCAGUGGGACGUUGUUGCAAACGGUCUUGUCAUACUCUGUCAUUUCCACCACGUGAUCAAGAUGAACGCAGCGUACUUUGAUUGGAUGCAUCACGCGCAAGUAGACGACAACACGCUCGAAACCGCCGCGAAAGAACUGGUGGUCGUGGUGGCCAAAGGACUGGCGUCGUCGAUUCGAGACUGUCUUGUUCGGGUGUAUGCGGCGUACAUUGUCAAUAAGCACCAACUCGACCGACUGCAGUAUCUGUUUGACUGGAAUUUACACGCUUGUCAGAGUGUAUCCAAGCCAUCCCCAAGUGAUGUUGUUGUUUCCCCGACGACCUACGCGGCAUGUCAGGACUGGCUUGCUGCUCAAGUUCCGUACGAACAUACCAUCACAGCCGUCCCCGUGCCCCUUGCCCUCGAACCUCCAGUAAAUGUCUUUUCGCAGUAUCGCCAGUGUUUUCCAGGCGUUGCCGGGUACGACGUCGCUCACAACGACCAAGCCCUCAUCCACGACCUCGGUGCAUUUUCGCACGAUCUCAAGAUGAGUUUCUACGACGUGUUGGCGUCGGCGCGAACGUUCCCCAAGACCAGCGAAUUGCAUCGAUAUCUGCACUGGGAAUGGCUCCAGUUUUCGUCGCAAGUGUCGCACAUCCAGCGAGCGCUGGCGCAGUAUUUGCAGCACAUUUCCGACUGGUACGACGAAGCGCAACAGGUGUUGCUGGGAAAGUUUCCCUCGUCGUGGUACCUGACGCCCCAGUUCCGGAUGAAAACGUGUGCGCAGUUGCUCACCCACGUCAAACGAGGUCGUAAGUUUUUUCAUUCUGUGGAAGAUGGCACCUUCACGACGUAUUGGCUGCCAGCGCUCACAGACCCGCACCGCGCAGUUGAAUUGCUCACACAUCAUGUGAUUCAGCAGCACCCAGACAUGCUAUCGUCGUGGGAACAUUUGACCGCGUCGUUCUUCGUGGCCGACUCAUUGCUGGUUCGAUCGCCGCUGAUAUAUCGACUUGCCAAGCAACGCAUCAAGCUGCGAAAAGCGGCGGCGGCCGACACCACUGCCCAGGACAUCCACCUGUCGGGCAUUCUCGCGUACAACGCCACAUGGGACGAGUCGACGCGCACCCUUGUCAAACCUUGCAAGAUAAACAUGAUUGAAGAACUUCCGCCCAUCCACAUGACCGUCACGAAAGCUGCCGACGUGACCGACCCCUUGAGCUACGACCAAGACGCCACCGACGUACAUGAAAUGCCAGUGCAUGUCGUCGACAACAAGACGUCGCCUCCGACCCAACACGUAGUGUUCUCUGUCUGGAUCAAGCUGCCAGAUGACGACGACGACCGGCGAUGGCUCUUGGCCAACGCGUAUUUCGUAAUCGGUUAGUAUAUUUUUGUCCUGGUCAUUUAAGUCCCCCGCUGCUUCAACAUACUAGUAGUCCAUUGUAAUACCACCA